AUGACGUGGACUAGAGCAAAAUGUGUAGAGGUUCCCAAGGGUACUCCAAAAGCUCAGGGUGAAGAUGGUAAAGAUGGUCCUGAAGUUGUAGCAACUAACCUCUCUGGCCAGAUAAAUGUUCCAGCAAAGUCACAGAAUCUGCAAGGAACUGGAGUAAAGGGUGCUGAAGGAGCCGUAGAAUCCACACCAGGGGUUCAAGUUGUGGAAAAUAACGACGAUGGAUGGUGUGGAGGUGGAUGUAAUAUUUUAAAGUUACUAGGAACUCUUUCGGUCGAUUGGAGGGUUGGUAUUCCGCUGCUUUACAAGAGGAACAUAUCCUUUAUAAUGGGAACUAGAAGGACCGAUUACGGCUGCGAGUCGUACAAGGACGUUGAAUCGGGCUCAGUCGACAAUUUUACAUUCAAGAGAAUAAACCCACUCUUGAACUGGACCUAUGGAGACGUCUGGAAUUUUAUACGCUUCUUCAAACUCGAGUACUGCGAACUCUAUGACCAAGGCUACACCUCUAUUGGAAGGUACGUUGAAUGUAUGUGA